GAAACAUCAUUUGAAAAUCUUGCUUCCCCCAUUCAUAUUCCAACUAUUAUUAUUAUUCUUUUCUUCAAUUCCAGAUUGAAGCUUUUCACAUCAACAAUACCCUUUAGAGCCCCAAACCCAUUUUCCCACUCUUCAUUUUCGCCUCCUUCAACAGAAAUGUAUCAUGGGAGUUAGGCAGGCUAUUCCCUUCUGUUCCUGGUCUGAGAAACAUCAUAAAUUUUAAACAUUUUGAGCCUUCCAGAUGUCCAGAUUGGCCCUUUAUUUUUAUGAAAUCUCAUGCUUGCCAAUGCCAUGAGUCCAUAACACCCACCCAAGAACUUAAAACAAUGCAAUGUAAACAUGAGUAUUUGCUUUUCUACUAGUCAGUCCUCAAUAAAUGCUGUUGUCCUGAAAGGUCGUACUCCGCUGCUGAUGAGCAGUAACAUUCAUGGCCUUUGGUCCCAAGGAAUAUCGACUUCAAUUUCUUCCAGUUUGUCUCCUGGGAAGUCAGAGAUAAGUCAUGUUGGUCUUUCUGUUUGCACAAAAUUGUCUUGCUCCACUGUUAUGGGCCAAACAAUUAGAGGAGGUUUCCUUGGAUCAUGCUGCUCCAAGCAAAGGGGCAAUCCUCGAUUCUUUAGUUCUGUAGUACCUCGGAAGAGGUAUCAUGAAAUUUCAUUGGCAUGCCAAACUAUAAAUAUGAGGCUUUUGGUACCUAAACAAAAUAUGAUGCGCAAAGUUAAGUGUAAUUUGGGAUCAGUAAGUUGGCCGCGGGGAUGUGCUUCAGUUGGCUUAAUUUUUGGAUUACUUGUAUGUAAUUUAAGUUCUGAACCUGCUCAUGCUGAGUCACAUUCUGAAAAUGAAAAUAGGAAAGAUGACUGCAACGAGUAUGAGUCAAAUGUUAAAGUCUUGCAUGGGAAGAAAGUUUAUACUGACUAUUCUGUAAUUGGAAUACCAGGGGAUGGAAGAUGCUUGUUCCGCUCUGUUGCUCGUGGGGCCUGUUUGAGGUCUGGAAAGCCCCCUCCUAAUGAAAGCAUUCAGAGAGAGCUGGCAGAUGAUUUACGAGCCAGAGUUGCUGAUGAGUUUAUCAAAAGAAAGGAAGAGACCGAAUGGUUUGUUGAAGGUGAUUUUGAUACAUAUGUUUCACAAAUAAGGAAGCCUCAUGUGUGGGGAGGUGAACCCGAAUUGUUCAUUGCAUCACAUGUUUUGCAGAUGCCUAUCACAGUAUACAUGUAUGAUAAAGAUGCUGGUGGUUUGAUAUCAAUUGCUGAGUAUGGUCAAGAGUACGGCAAAGAAAACCCAAUUAGAGUUCUCUACCAUGGCUUUGGUCAUUAUGAUGCAUUAGAGAUUCCUAGAAGGAAGGGUCCUAAGCCAAGACUGUAGCAUUUCAUAUUUAAAAUGUGGAAGAGAUUAAAGCUUGUAUUGGUUCCCUUCAGUAACAUUCAUAAUGUCAUCUAUAGGUCAAGUUUCCUGAAAACCUUAUGCCUUUUAUGUCUUGGAGGACGUUUGGUCCAAGGCCUCAGUGAACAGUGAUAUUCACUUUAUUGCUGUGCCAUGCACACGGUUGUUUAUGUUGGUCUGAAGAAAGAGAGCCUUUGACUUCAGGUGGACCUUAAAGGUUCAAACUAUCCACUAACUUCUGUAAGCCCUUUCUGUGAAAGGUAGAAAUAAUGGUAUACCCUUCUGUCUCUGAGUCCACCACUAUGGAGGGGUGCAUGGAUCUUGGUACUGUACUGCUUCCAUUGAGAAAAUAUAUGUAAUGGCUGACAAAGCUGAAAGUUGGAUAAUUAUUGAGAGUUCAUUAAUAUCAAGUACAUGGGGGGUAAGUUGUGUUUAGGGAAUUACUAGUGUUUUAGGUUUUACUUAACCAAACUUCUUUGUUUGCCCUAUUCACUUUUUCAUCUCUUAAAUACUUUCAUCUCCCUCAUUAGCCUCA